GGGAGACCGAGGCGUGUCAUUCAAAGCUGACGUUACUUUGAUUAGUCACGGACUGCAAUGGCACUGACUUCUGCUGCUGGACUUGUUUCUCUUUUGGACGACAAGGGUUCUGAUGUCAAAGCAUUUGCCCUAAAACGUCUCUAUGAUAUGGUUGACGAGUUUUGGGCUGAAAUCUCAGAAGCAGUAAUGAAAAUUGAAAUACUUCAUGAAGACUCUAAUUUUGAAUAUAACAAACUUGCUGCUUUGCUUGUGUCCAAAGUUUAUUAUCAUCUAGCUGUCUAUGAUGAUGCACUUCACUACGCUUUAUGUGCUGAAGAGCUUUUCGAUCUAAAUGCGAAUACCGAAUUUGUGGAAACCAUUAUUGCUAAAUGUAUUGAUAAGUAUACCGCUCUUCGAACUGCUCAAGAUCAGCUUGUGGAUUCGUCCGGUUCCGUUGUAACAGAAAAUUCAGACGACAGUACUUGGUCUGUUACUAGUCCAACAUACAAAAGACUGGAACACGUUGUCAACAAAAUGUUUGACCGUUGCUUUGAUCACAAACAGUAUAAACAAGCCCUGGGAAUAGCUAUUGAAACUCGAAGGUUGGACAUAUUUGAGAAGGCGAUAAUUUUGUCGGAUGAUCAAGAGGGCAUGCUUCGUUAUGCUUUUCGUGUUGUGCUCACUUUAAUCGACAGUGUACGCUUGAGAAACCGUCUUCUUAAAAUCUUAGUUUCUGUGUAUAUGAACCGAGCUCUUCCCUCAGAUGCUGUAAAUGUUUGUCAAUGCUUAGUACUAAUGGAUGACCCACAGGCCACAGCAGAUACUCUGGAACACUUGUUACUACAAUCACAAGAGGCAGCCGUAACAGCAUAUCAAAUAGGUUUUGAUUUGUAUGAAAAUGCAACCCAAAACUUUCUUCAACGUGUUUCAGCCUCUCUUGCCCGGAGCUCAAAGUUGAGUCAUGUAAUGAGCUUAAUUGAACGUGAUAAAAACGCUGCAAAAAGUUCAAAAACGCCGGAGGGUUCAGCUUGUACCACCGUUGAAACUACAGACGGCGAUAAAAAUAAAUCAGACAACAAGGAAGCAGAAGAAGCAGUGGAAACUGCAUUAGCUAGUGAAACAAACAAAGAGGCUGAGAUACCUGCAGAUGAACCGCUGUCAGAAUUAGAUAAAGAAAUUAAAAAUCGUCUUAUGCACUUGGUCAGUAUUUUAUCAGGAGAUAAAGUAAUUGAAUUGCACCUCCAAUUUUUGAUACGAAAUAACAAAGCUGACCUUCGACUACUUGAACGCAUACGUGAUGAGGUACGACAUUCGGUGACGCAUAAUGCUACAGUUAUUGCAAAUGGUAUUAUGCAUUGUGGAACAACAUCAGAUCAGUUUUUAAGGGAUCAUUUAAAUUGGUUAGGAAAAGCUGUAAAUUGGGCUAAAUUUACUGCUACUGCUACCCUUGGGGUUAUACACAAAGGUCAUGAAAAAGAGGCUUUACGUCUUAUGUCUGCCUAUUUGCCCAAAGAUGCAAGCGGUUCAUCCGGUUCUGUGUACACUGAAGGUGGUGGUUUGUUUGCUCUAGGUUUGAUUCAUGCUAAUCAUGGUGGAACGAUGACAGAAUAUUUGCUCAAUCAAUGCAAGGAGGCUACUGCAGAACCUGUCAGGCAUGGUGCAUGUUUAGGCCUUGGUUUAGCUGCUAUGGGGACCGGUAGAGAGGACGUGUAUGAUCAAAUUAAACUUAAUCUUUAUCAAGAUGAUGCAAUUACAGGUGAAGCGGCGGGUAUUGGUAUUGGUUUAGUCAUGUUAGGAACUGGGUCAACACGAGCUAUUGAAGAUCUACUUGGUUAUGCUAAAGAAACAGCACAUGAGAAGAUUAUACGUGGCGUUGCUUUAGGCAUUGCACUUGUCAUGUACGGUCGAGUUGAAGAAGCUGACGAACUUAUUGACAAUCUGAUUAUUGAUAAUGAUCCCAUUUUACGUUGGUCUGGUAUGGCAACAAUUGCAAUGGCUUACUGUGGGACUGGUAAUAAUCAGGCAGUGAAACGUUUACUCCACGCUGCAGUCAGUGACACCAAUGAUGACGUUCGACGAUGGGCUGUUACAGCUCUUGGUUUCGUUCUAUUCAAAAAUCCUGAGCAGGUCCCAUCACUGGUGUCCUUACUCGUUGAAUCCUACCAUCCUCAUUUGCGCUAUGGUGCUGCUAUGGCUGUAGGAAUAGCCUGCGCGGGAACAGCCCUUAAAGAAGCUGUUAGUUUAUUAGAAACUUUACAUGAAGGGACAGUGCCAUUUGUUCGUCAAGGUGCCUUAAUUGCUAAUGCAAUGGUAUUAAUUCAGCAGAAUGCGGUUACCUCCCCAAAGUCUGUAGAUUUCCGUCAGAAAUUGUUGAAAAUUAUUGGGGAUCGUCAUGAAGAUUUAUUGGCUAAAUUCGGUGCUAUCAUAGCAUGUGGCAUUUUAGAUGCUGGUGGAUGUAAUAUGACUAUUUCAUUGCAAACACGUACGGGCAAUGCAAAUAUGGCAGCGGCUGUCGGUCUUUUAAUCUUUCAGAAUUUCUGGUUUUGGCAUCCAUUAACCAAUUUUAUCAGCUUAGCAUUUACACCAACUGCAUUAAUAGCAUUGAAUAAAGAUUUGAAUAUGCCAAAGAUACAGUUUCGUUCAAAUGCUAAACCGUCGACCUUUGCUUAUCCUCAACCAUUGCGUUAGUUAAAUUCUGAUUAUUUAUUUAUUUCCUGUGUUAUAUUUACUAUUAUCUGUUAUUACAGAAAAAUGACAAUUCAACGAAGAAAACUUUUUCUUUUCGGCAAUUUCAUUUAAUUAGACUAUAUAUAGUUAUAUCCCGAUGAGAAUAAUAAAUGGUAACUUUCGGGAUAUACAAUAAUCCAAUGGCUAAUGAAAAAUAUCAGUGUGAAGAUAAUUGUGCAGUUAAAUAAAAUAAUUGAAAGUUAUAAUAACGGCUAAUGAGUAGUUGUGAAAAAUAUUUAAAAAUGAGUAAAGAAGACGAUAAGUUAUGGAAGGGAGAAAGAAAGGUUAAGACCAUGGUAGAAAAAGGUAUUGAACACGUUGUUUUUGUACAUAAAAAGUUAGGGUUGGAUUUGUGGAUAACUAUAACCUCUGCUGUACAUACCUCUUUCAUUUUUAUUCCUGUCGGACCGAUUUUUCUGACUUUAUGAAUAAUUUUGAAGGAGAAUUCUGUUUAAGUAGACUAACUAGAAUUAAUUAGUUGUUCUAGAAUUGAGCGUAUGACUGACUUUUGUAAUCCUUUAUAUAGCCAGUCAGAGUAAUUCUAGUUGAUAUUUAUAAGUUGUGAUAUUCUACUAGGUACAAAGUAAUCGUUCUAAACACAUACAUUUCUAGUAUGUUGGUUUUGUAAAGUUAAACAUAUACACCAUUGGAUUUCGACUCGGUGGUUUGAGAGCUAAGCGUUCACAUGCGAGACUGAAGGUCCUGCGCUUAAUCCACGAUGUGGUCGUGGGUGCACUUUCCUAAAGAGUCCCAUGCUAGGACGAAACGGCUGUUUAGUGCUUUUCAGUUUUAAGUGGUGAUCUAACGUAUAUUUCUGUCAAUAAUGGAACAACAAAAGACGUGUGAAAAUCAUAUUUAAAUUAUCUCAGCAAAUGUUCAUAUACGUUAUGGAACUAUAAAAUUCUGUAUCCAACUAAUGUCCCUUAGUUAAUCCAUCCACUUUUCAAUCACUGUGUUCGAAAUCCUCCUGGACUUGUAUUUAUAAACUUCAUAUAACAGACAUACAUAGCUCAGAUCCUAAUAUAUAAAUAUACAUCUGAGUACUAGGUUAUAAUGCAGAUAAUCAGUAGUAGAGUCAUAUACUUGUUAAUGCACAUCUAUGCAUAUAAUCAUAUUGCCUUUUUAAAAAGAAAAUAAACAAACAGUGUUACGGACCGAUUGGAACUUGGAUUAUUCUUAUUAACAUUUGGUUUAUCUGGAAAUUUCGAUGUUAAGCAUAAUUCAGGUUAACUUAAGCCUAAUUCAUUUUAUACAAUUAUCGAAUAAAAUUGUUACUUGGUAUAGAAUAGAUGGGAUGUGGCUAGCAUUGGAAUCCAAGACGCGGAGACUGACAAGUGGUUAUAGAUGCCUGGAAGCUGAAAUUCAAAUUUAUUUAUAGUAUGAAUUCAAUCAUUCAAUGGUGACGAAUAUGUAAAGGCCCAUAGCCAAUUCAAUUUUUUCAACAUAUGGUUUUCACUUCCGGAUCCCCAAAACUAUGUCAUCAAAAUCAGAAAAUGAUCCAAGUUUGACAACCAUUAAAAACCUGGAACCUCUUUAUAACAGUGUAGUUCUAGCAUGGGACUCAUCAGUAGUGCACACCGCUACUCUGAAACCGGAAGUCGAACCUACGGUCUUACGCACGAACGCCUAACCUGUAGACCAAUGAACUGGAAUAUAAUAAUGUACAAGUCUAAGUUCGAUCAAUCGGUUCGUGUUCUCAUUGAAAUUCAAUACUCUCCAUAAUUCUUUACUGAAAGUGACACAUUAUUGUAGACUUUCUAUAAAACGAUGAUAAAUCAUGUCAUAUUGAUUUGUUAACGUUUUUCGCAAUUAUUCUACUCUUCGAAUUUUCAGAACAGG